AUGUGGCUUCCUACUUUCUUGCUUUUCUCUUACUCACUUAUAUAUAUUAUUUCUAAAAGGCAGUCUUAUGUUGUGUACCUUGGUGGGCAUUCUCAUGGCCCGGAAGCCACAUUGGAAGAUUAUGAGCGAGUCACAGACUCUCACCAUGAGUUCUUGGGGUCCUUCUUGGGAAGCAAGGAAAAGGCCCAGGUGGAAAUGUUUUACUCAUACACCAAACAUAUCAAUGGCUUUGCUGCAACAUUGGAAGAGGAAGAAGCAAAACGGAUCUCAAAACAUCCUGAAGUAAUAUCAGUAUUUGAAAACACGGCGAAGAAAUUGCACACAACAAGAUCAUGGGAUCUAGUUGCAAUGGAGAGGGAUGGCAGGGUCCCCCACUCAUCAAUCUGGGCCCAGGCAAAGUUUGGCAAUGAUACAAUCAUUGCAACUCUUGACACUGGUGUGUGGCCAGAAUCUGAAAGCUUCAAUGAUAGAGGAAUGGGGCCGGUUCCAUCUAGAUGGAGAGGAUCCUGCCAGAAUAACACUAAAGAAGGGGUGCCUUGCAACAGGAAGCUGAUUGGAGCGCGGUACUUCACGAAAGGUUACGAAGCUGGAAGCGGGAAGAAGGUCGUCAACGGCUCUGCACGCGAUACCGAGGGCCAUGGCUCUCACACCCUCUCGACCGCGGCAGGUCGCUUUGUCCCCGGGGCCAACAUCUUCGGCCAAGCCAAUGGCACGGCCAAGGGCGGCUCUCCGGACGCGCGCGUCGCUGCCUACAAGGUGUGCUGGGAUGGCUGCUACGACGCCGACCUCAUUGCAGCCUUCGAUGCUGCCAUCCAUGACGGCGUCGAUGUGCUCUCGGUGUCCGUCGGCGGCGACCCCGCCGACUACUUCGACGACCCCAUCGCGAUAGGCUCCUUCCACGCCGUCGUCAAUGGGAUCACGGUGGUCUGCUCUGCCGGCAACUCUGGCCCCGCCCGAGGGUCAGUUUCCAACAUUGCACCAUGGAUCGUAACUGCGGCGGCCAGCACCAUCGACAGGGACUUCCCCGCCUUCCUCACUCUCGGCGACAAGAAGCAGAUGAAGGGAGGGAGCCUUGCAUCAGUAGCCCUACCAGCAAAUAAGUUUUACCCGUUGAUCAGUGGUGCUGAUGCCAAGAAAGCAAACGUUUCUGCCGCUGAUGCCCAGUUAUGCUUCAUGGACUCUCUUGAUCCCAACAAAGUAAAAGGAAAGAUCGUUGCAUGCCUCCGCGGAAUUAUUGCGCGAAUGGAAAAGGGUGCUGCAGUUCUGAGGGCUGGCGGUGCCGGGAUGGUCCUCAUAAACGAUAAACAGGACGGAAACAGCUUGCUUUCAGAUCCUUAUAUUCUUCCAGCUCUAAUGGUUACUCAUAGAGAUGGUGUUGCACUACGCAAGUAUAUGGACUCUACCAAGUCACCUGUAGCUUCCAUUUCAGCCCCAGCAACAAAACUAGGCGUAAAACCGGCACCAACGAUGGCUGCCUUCUCGUCUCAAGGACCCAAUCUCAUCUCACCACACAUUCUGAAGCCUGAUAUCACUGCACCAGGAGUGGGCAUUCUUGCUGCCUUCACGGGAGCCAGAAGUGCCACCGGCUUACCCAUGGACAAUCGUCACGUCCCAUUUAACUUGUUGUCCGGCACAUCAAUGUCAUGCCCGCAUGUUUCUGGCCUUGCUGGUCUCCUCAAAACACUUCAUCCUCACUGGACUCCUGCUGCUAUUAGAUCAGCUAUCAUGACCACCGCAAGAAGCCGGGAUAACACGGGAUCACCAAUGAAAGGGUACAACUUAUUAGAGAAAGCUACCCCAUUUGCUCAUGGUUCGGGGCACAUACGACCGAACCGUGCCAUGGACCCUGGCCUGGUCUUCGACCUCACGCUCACCGACUACUUGAACUACUUGUGUGCUUUUGGCUACAAUUCAACUCAGUUGGCUCAAUUCAGCAAGCGUUAUCGAUGCCCAGCCACUCCUAUAAAGAUGGAGGACUUCAACUACCCUUCCAUUGCAGUUCCUACCGUCACCAGGACUCUUACUCUGACUCGCACCGUGAAGAACGUUGGAUCACCAGGCACGUACAAGGCCCGAGUAGAACCUCCUUAUGGGAUAACCAUGACGGUGAAGCCAGAGAUCCUCAAGUUUGAUAAGGUUGGGGAGGAGAAGGCGUUUGAGGUCACUUUGAAGCCGCACGAAAAGAGUAUUGGCAGAGGAUAUCUAUUUGGAAGGUUGAUAUGGUCUGAUGGGAGGCAUUAUGUGAGAAUUCCUGUGGCGGUGAACGCCCUUUCAUAAGGUUGUUGG